UCCAGUCUUUAAUUUCAACACAUUUGGACGGCUGGAAUUCCCUCUGUUCAGCUCAAACGUUGAUUUGUCUUUAUUCCCUCUCCACCAUUUCUUUAUUGUGUUUGUGUGUCCAAAAUGCAAUUUAUAGGCAGUCUGGCAACUUGGGUAUCAUCAAGCAAACAAUCACAAAGUAUGGUUGUUGCCAGUAUGCUGAUUAGUCAGAAUGAAUAAUGGGUGCUGGCAGAUGGUCAAAAACAGAAAAAAAAAAGGAGUCAAUUCAUAAUGGAAAAUUUCUACACUCUUAUUUUGAAAGGAUGGUUGUUGUCAAACAUCUAGGCCCAGGUUUCCUGUCUUGUUUCCUUCCAGUCUGGCUCUCUGGUGACGGCAGCUCCUCUUGUUCUUUGGACAUCAGCUGUAUCUCUGCUUUUUGAUUCUCACAAAUUUGUUUGGCAAUAAAAUAUUUCGAGAGGAAAAACCCUUUUUGGUGUAAUUUAGUCAUUCAUUUACAAAAAAGAAGCAUAAAUAUUGGGUGGUGGGUUUUCAGGGAUGAAGGAAACUGCUCGUGCUUGAUUUCUGUUAUUUCUUAAUUUAUUACAACUGUUUCUUUAGUUGUUUAACUUUGUAGAAGAUUAUUAAACUCACAAAAGUUUGCAGCAAACAGGAGACGUGUGGGGGAAAAAAAAUUAAAGUAAGUCACAGAGUGGCUGCAGCAGUUUCCUCUGUUUUCAGCUCGUGAGCAGCCCAGCGCGGCUACAACAGGUCAGCUCUGCUAGGACCGACACAAAAGCAGUUUAGGACACCACGCUGAGGUGCUUAAUUAUCAUGGUUCAUCAUUUUAGGGGGAAAAAAAUCCCACAAAAAAUUGUUUUGCUCAGUUACAAAAAGAAUAAAACAACAACAAAAAGCAAAGAAAAGAAAAACAUUAAAUUCUCACUUUCUUGACCAUUCAUUUUUUUAAAUUUAUAAUUAAAUAAGUUACCAAUAUUCUAUCCUGUUCUAUUGUAUAUUUUUGCUCUUUUAUGCGACGUCUGUUUGUUUUUCUUUUGCUUUCAAGCCGAACACGACUCCACUCUCUGAUUGGCCGAGCGGCCUGUCAAUCUUUGACGUAGCGGCCAAUGACAGGAGCCGACAGGCGAUACAAACUAGCAGCCGCCAUGUUGUGUCUCCGGGGGCCUCGAGGGACGUCCGGUAGUAAACAGUAGAUGACGGUAUCGCCUGUUCGGCAGCUCUCAGGAACGGGACCGCAGCUGGAAGCUAUGAGUCGUCCGUCUUCAGCCGGAGGUGGGGGACUCGGGGCCGGGAAAGCAGGCGGGGGGAAGCACGGGGGAGCGGGAGGUGCCUCUGCUGCCGCAGCAGCCUCCGCGGCCGCAGUAGCGGCGGCAGCGGCGGCCGGCGUGAGCUCCGUGGCCGGGUCGGGGUCUGCUCCCCCUUCCUCCACCGUGUCCAUGCCGGCUACCGGCCUCGCCGGACAGUCCUCGGAGCUCACGGCGCUAUUCGAGUGCCCGGUAUGCUUCGACUACGUCCUGCCGCCUAUCCUGCAGUGCCAGGCGGGUCACCUGGUCUGUAACCAGUGUCGUCAGAAGCUGAGCUGCUGCCCGACCUGCCGAGGCCCGCUCACCCCGAGCAUCCGGAACCUGGCCAUGGAGAAGGUGGCCUCCACACUGCCGUUCCCCUGCAAGUAUUCGUCAGCCGGCUGCCCGCUGUCUCUUCACCACAGCGAGAAGCCCGAUCACGAGGAGGUGUGCGAGUUCAGGCCGUACACCUGCCCGUGCCCAGGAGCCACCUGCAAGUGGCAUGGCUCACUGGAGGCCGUCAUGCCUCACCUCAUGCACGCUCACAAGUCCAUCACCACGCUGCAGGGGGAGGACAUCGUUUUCCUGGCGACGGACAUCAAUCUGCCGGGUGCUGUCGACUGGGUGAUGAUGCAGUCAUGUUUCAGCCACCACUUCAUGCUGGUGCUGGAGAAGCAGGAGAAGUAUGAAGGUCACCAGCAGUUCUUUGCUGUCGUGCUGCUCAUCGGCACCCGUAAGCAAGCCGAAAACUUCGCUUAUCGCCUGGAGCUAAACGGCAACCGGCGCCGGCUCACCUGGGAGGCCACGCCGCGCUCCAUCCACGAUGGCGUGGCCGCCGCCAUCAUGAACAGUGACUGCCUGGUCUUCGACACCUCCAUCGCCCAUCUGUUCGCCGACAAUGGUAACCUGGGGAUCAACGUCACCAUCUCCAUGUGCUGACUGAGCCGAGUGGCGCCUCCUGUCGAGGGAGGAGUUAAGGAGGUGCAGAGUACACCUGCUGACAGCCUCAGUUGGAGUCGUUUGAGGAGUUGGCUCAAACAGUCAGCAGCAGCCCUUUGACCUCUUUGGUCAGCUAACGAUGGACGUGGGGCAGAAUGUGCUUUGGUUACCUGUCUGGAAAAGAGGGCGUCACCUCGAGCACGGGGCCUCCAACACUCUCCUCGAUGGAGGAAAGGUCGGAUCUGUUGGUUUGACCGCAGCCAGGACGUCCGGCCUGGUUAGAGAUUGAACUCCCGAGGACUCGGUCCUCAUUGGUGGAAACAAACAUUUCUCUCUGCCAAAGCAGCUCCCUCUUCCUGCGUCAGGUUAAUCGGCUUCCUGUCAGGCCGGCGUGUUCACAAUAUUCUGCUCUGCAGUUCUGGUGCUAUCAGACUGAGUUUACGUUCUUCACCAGCAGAGGCCAAAUACACCACGACUGUUAUGAUAUUCACAGUUAAUGGUUCAGGAAACGUUCUGAUAACGUUUGCAUUCACGUCUCAUUAUAGUUGUAUUACAGAGAGAUUCUGAACAUGUAGUUUCAUUAAUAAACGUCGGCCUCCGUAGUUCAGCCGUGGCUUCUUUAUUGGUUAAUGUGCAGGUUAUUAAUUGUUUUGGGUUUUUUGUUAAAGUAAGUGGAGAAUGUAAAGAUUUUGCUUUAGUAUCACAUAUAACAAAGAAAUCAUCCAGUGUUUAUAGGACAGAGUGUUAAUGUUAAUGUUUUGGAAAACGGAAAUUUCUGAGUCUAACCUUGUUGCCAACAUACCAAAAAUAUUCAGGAAAUAUUAUUUAAGAUGAAUUUGACUUAUUACAAUAAUCUCUGUGCAUUGAAGGAGUUAUUGAAAACAAUCCACAUGUCCAUAGAGGUGAAGCAUGUGAAAAUGUUUAUUUCUGCUGUAAAGUUUUAGUAUGAAAGAGGAUAAAUGUCAUUUUAAGACUGGAGUUUAAAGCAAAAUGAGAAAUUAGACACUUUUAAUCGGAGGAAAACGUUUGUCUGAUUUUUUUGGUUUUCUUUGUCACGUGUCAGUAAAUGAAAAAACUGUCAUUCUCAUUGGCUGUUUUCUCACACUUUUUUUUAAAACCUUUUUCAGCUUAUUUGAUAGACUGAGUGGAGAAAGGACAGGAAAGCAGGGGCAGAGAGAGAGAAGGGGGAAGACAAAGGGCCGUGGGUCGGGCUCUCAGCCGUGUUUUUAAUAUGUAUGUAUAGAAAAUAAUCUGCAGGUUAAUCCGUCUGUCUUCAUAAAAAAACAGCAGAUGGUUUGAAAAUGAAACAAAUACUGUGAAAAAGCUCCAUAGACCUCGAGUCAGCUGGUGGAAGAAGGCUGCCAGCAGUUCAGGUAAAGCAGAAUAAUGUGAACACCAACAUUCUGACUGAGCUUGCCAGUUCAGAUCCUGCAGCUGUGGAUGGUGACUGAUGGCGGGUCUCUGACUGGAGGUCGGCCUUUGACCUGAGCUGUGCUCAGUUAAUCCUCAGACUGUCUUUAAUCUCUGAUAAAAGCAGUAAAAUGGAGGAAUAAUCCUCCCGUCCCUCCUCCUGCAGUCCGUUUAGCCGUCAGCGCCUUACUUUUCUACUGCUAACCACCUCCUCCCAUUCACCCGCUUUCUGAGGGAGUCUUGGUGCUGAUGUGCUGCUUCUGGGAAUCCUUGACACAGAAAAACGCAACGAUGUGUUCAGAACGAUGGAGAGCUGCUCGUCUGCUCAACGCCACAGAGACACGACGGACACAAACUCUUGUAUUUAUGUGGAAAUGUGGGUUUUAAAACCUGAAUUCCUUCUCGUGAAACCGUUGUAGCAACUGAGCAGAAAGAUACCUCUGACCACAGACACAUCUGUAACUGAACCGCAAAGCCCUCAGAGCUCAGCGGCGUUUCCUCUGUGUUCAUGAAGAUGAAGAAAAGUCCAAAAUAAGCCGAUUUCUUCCCAUCAUUCAUCCGAGUGUCUCAUCCAGCUCUGGAUUUUUCUUUAGAGAGUAGCUUUGUAUGAUUCAGAGUUACGUCUUAUUCUGAUUGGCUGACUUCUGGAAGCCUGUUGAGGCUUUUGAGCUGUAGUUAUUAGAUUUUCUGUUCUUGUAGAAAACACACACCCAGCUCAACGUCUUUCAUACCUGCUUGAUGAUUAUCGUGUUUCUGUGGUGUGCUAUGUUUGACUGGUGGGUCGUGAACAGAAAACUGCAAAUUUAAGCUUAUUUGUCAAACUUUAACAUAAAAUUGUCACAUCCCACAUUUACAGAGUGGGGAGGAAAAAGGCUUAUUCUAAUAUGACUACUGUAUGUGCACACAGUAGAAACACAGAGCAAACACUGCUUUCUCUUUGUCUCCAGGUGUGUUUACCUCGAUGCGAGUGUCCCGGUUUCAGGGUCCCGUUUUUCCAUUUGUGGAUCAUUUUGUGAUUUUUCAAAGUCUGAAAGUGCUCGCUGCAGUUUGAUGUGAAUCCUUGAUCACAAACAAUGAGAGCAGGAAACAUCCUCUCACUGUUGGAGUGACGAAGAAACACUUUUUACUCUUCAGCUGAAAGUACGUUUACUUCCACAAAGCAAAGAAUUUUUAUGGCAAAGAAAGAAAGACGGACAGACGAAGACAGACACACACACACACAGUGCAAAAGUCUUGAGCCUCCGUCAUGUUUUCAUAUUUGAAUGAAGGUUUUCCAGCCUCUGAAUGCCAACAAUGAAUCAGACUCAGUUUUGAAAGCCUUGGAAACGAAGCAUGAGGACGUACAGGGAGGUACACAACCCGGGACGCUCGUGUCCACAGACACACUCGCCAAAAAUCACUUUCACGUUGCAGCCCGCCGACUUUCCAUGAAAUAUUUUGAAAUAUUGUAAAUGAAGCUAAAGUGACAGUCUAUUUUCUAAAGAUUUAUUCCUCCCACUCUUUGUUUUGUUUUGUUUUUUUGACAUGUAUUUGUGCUGCUGUUUGAGAUUUUCAGAGUACGUUUUCUACGCUCACAGUGAUGUUUCUGUUGUAAAGCUCAGUUUGUGAUGUUUCUGUAAUAAACAGGUUUGUUUA